GGUCAUCCGCUGCUCAUGUUUGUCUUGAAAUGAAUCUGUAAUCAUGUGGAUGAGUCUCAUGAAGUUAGAUCUGGCCUCUGUAGGCCUGGCUGUGUCUCUGGGCUUUAUUUUUGUGGUUUUGUUUGAGAUCUUCAGGAUUAAGUCUUACAGAGGUAAAACUCCACCUGGUCCCACACCGCUGCCUUUUGUAGGAACCAUACCACAUUUUUUGUUGAACCCAAUGGAGUUCAUAAGAUCGUUAUCUCAAUAUGGAGAGAUGACCACGCUGUAUUUAGGGAGAAAGCCAGCAAUAUUCCUCAAUACAGUUGAACUUGCAAAGGAAGCCAUGGUCCAAAAUGCUUCGUCUUUUUCAGGAAGGCCACCUAUACCACUUCUAAUGUGGGUCACUGAAGGAUAUGGUAUCGUAAUGGCCACAUAUGGUCACUCCUGGAAGCAGCAGAGACGGUUUGCUCUGCACUCACUCAGGAACUUUGGCCUGGGGAAGAAGUCUGUGGAAGAACGUGUGAUAGAGGAAAGCAGUUACCUGGUUCCUGAAAUGCUCAAAUCGGAAGGCAAGCCUUUUGACCCCCAACAUGCAAUACAGAAUGCCGUAUCAAACAUUAUCUGCUCCAUUGUGUUUGGGGAUCGUUUCGACUAUGAUAACAAGCGCUUUGCAUACCUUCUGGAAAUCGUGAGGGAGAACAUCAUUCAGUCAGGGGCAUUUUUGGACAGGUAUAAACAAGUGUUUAACUUGCUUCCCAUCAUCAAACAUUUCCCAGGGCCACAUCAGAAAAUGUAUCAAAACGCAGAAGAGUUGAAAGCUUUCAUCAGGGAUGCAGUCAAAACGCACAGGGAAACUCUGGAUCCAGACAGUCCACGAGACUUCAUUGAUGCCUACCUGCUAGAGAUCGAGAAACAAAAUUCCAAUGAGGACUCUACGUUUCAUGAGGAUAAUAUGGUAAUGUCAGUAUCUGACCUUUUCCUGGCUGGAACAGACACCACAGCGACCACCAUCAGAUGGAGCCUCAUCUUCUUGACUCAAAACCCACAUGUACAAGAGCGGUGCCAUGAGGAGAUUGUUCGGGUGCUGGGUUACGACCGCAUGCCAAGCAUGGAUGACCGUGACAAACUACCGUACACGCAUGCCACUGUUCAUGAGAUUCAGCGUUGUGGCAACAUUGUACCCUCUGGCGUCUUUCAUGAAACGACUCAGCCCGCAAAACUACGAGGAUACGACAUUCCCAAGGGCACUGCAGUAUUUACUAACUUAACAGCAAUUUUAACCAACAAGGAGCACUGGAAGUACCCAGACACUUUUAACCCAGAGAAUUUCUUAGAUGAUAAUGGACAUUUCUUCAAACCGGAAUCUUUUCUCCCUUUCUCCUUGGGUCCGAGGGUGUGUCUCGGUGAGAGUCUAGCUAAGACGGAGCUCUUCCUCUUCAUCACUUCUCUCUUACAGCGGAUUCAUUUUUCCUGGCCACCUGGUGCGAAGUGGCCAGACAUGAAUGGGAUUGUCAGCGUGGUUCGCUCUCCUGAAGCAUAUGACAUCAUCUGUCACAGCAGAGGAUCCAAAAAGUGAUCCAACAUUACACUUUCCAACAUUUACAGGAGUUCUCGUAGUUAUUUUAACACAACUUGUAGCCCUCAAGAAAUUACAUUCUAGUUUAAUAGUUAAGGUUUUGAAAAAGUGGCACACAUGAUGUAU